AUGAGACCGCAUAUCAAUGUGGAUGCCACCCUAGAUUAUGGGUCCAGAGCUGAUGUUCAGACAAACACAUCUUGGAACGCUCCAAUCAUCUGGGAUGGGAUGUUUGACCCAGACGUUUUUGACCAGGGGCACAAGCAAGACCAGUCGACUGUGGCUCUCACUGUGUUUGCUGUGGGCAGGUACCUGGAUGCUUACCUUGGGACUUUCCUCAACAGUUCAGAACAGUAUUUCAUGGUGGGUUUACCAGUGACGUUUUACGUGUUUACAGAUGUACCAGAGAAGGUACCAAACAUGAAACUCGCUCCUCAGCGAAGCUUGAAGGUCAUCAAAGUGGAAAGGCACUCCAGAUGGCAGGACAUUUCUAUGAUGCGCAUGAAGACGAUAUCAGACGUCAUAGAAUCAGACAUUCGUCACCACAGCACUUACGUCUUCUGCUUUGAUGUGGACCAGGUGUUUACAGGGAGAUUUGGCUCUGAGGCUCUGGGGGAAUCUGUUGCUCUGCUCCACGCUCACUUCUACAACCUCCCAAAGCACAGGUUCACUUAUGAUCGCAACCCCAAGUCCAAAGCCUACAUGGAGACUGGGGAUUUCUACUACCACGCUGCUGUGUUUGGAGGCACGUGGCAGAGUGUGAAGGCCAUGGCUGAUGCCUGCUACCAGAGCAUCAUGGAGGACAAGCAAAACAACGUGGAGGCUCUGUGGCACGAUGAGAGUCACCUCAACAAGUAUCUGUGGCUCCAUAAACCCAGCAGGGUGCUCUCUCCUGAGUACUGCUGGGACAGAAGUAUUGGCUACCAGAAAGACAUUCGGGUCACCCGCCUAAUAUGGGCACCCAAACAUUAUGACACACUGCGGAUCUCCUGA